GCAUAGCCCAAUCCCACUGCUCUUAUCAGCUGACUCUUCUUUCCGAUUUCCCUGUUUUUGACAUAAUCUUCUCUCUUAAUCAAAGGACAUACUAACCGUUGAUUUCGCUCCUCUCCACUCACGUACCUCUCCAGAUUUCAGGAACCAGAACCCAGCCUCGCAUUUGCUGCCCUCCUCUCCAUGAUCAUUUCGUUCCUUCUCCGCUGCCAUGAUUCCACCUGGGCUUUUCUCCAUGCCGUUAUCCUCAAUAUCCCUCCAUCCCGAUUGUAUAUCUUCCCUACCUUGGCUGGUACCGUCUGGUUCCUGACUCUGGCGUCCCUGCUUCUGACAUGGUUGGCUCGUGGAAUGCCCGUCUAUCCGGGUCAAAGUAAUCCACAUGUCGCCUUCAUCUCCGACAUUGCCUCCUUCGAACUAAAACCCCUCUUCCUCAUAGGUGCUUCCAUGACCGCCGUGGGGUUCGUUUUCACGGUAGCUGCUGUGCACGUCAUGCGCUACGAGCCCGGUUUCGCCUUGGUUAAAUGUCCAGUUAUCUCCGAAGACACUGCCAACAAUGAUCAGGAAUCCAAUGCGUCCUACAACAGAACUAGCGAAAACAAUCACCGAAAUGCCCAGAAUCACAUAACCGGACAUGGACAUGAUGAGGAAGAGGAGGAAGGGGAAGAAGAAGACCAAGAAACAACCCGCACCCUCAAAGUCAUAUCGUUACUAUCAAUCCUCGCAGCCGGAACAGCCAGUACAGCGCUCAUCCUCCUCGGAGUUAUGGAUACAUUCCGCUACAAAUUCGCCCAUCAUAUCUUCCUUCGCAUCUGCUUCGGAUGCUUGGCGAUACAGUCAGCCGGUACCGCGAUUGUCUAUUCAACUGAGGUCCUGAGUUUCGUGUCGUAUUUAUACCACUGGGGGGUAUGGGGCAAUGAUUGGGGAAGAAAGAGGAGUACACGAGUUAGGAUAUUUGCAUCCCUCUCCACCAUCCUCAUCUUAAUACAGCUCUUCCUCGGCGUAGCUUUCAUCUCUCUCACCAUUCCCGAAGACGUAAACGAUUACAGAACAGCUGGUAUCCUCGAGUGGAUCAUUGCAUUCCUAGGAACGAUCUAUCUAUGGCUCUUCUGUGGGUUCUUUGAUCGAACCACCUUCGAAGGCUACGUCCCCAGCAUUUUAUACAAUACAGCCCCGCAUGGCAAAUUCCUCGACCGUCCCGCAGUAGCAGGGGUAGGAGUAGCUGAAGCUGAAGCCGAGUCUUCGUACAGCGCUGCUGGUAAUACCCUGGAUGUGGAUCCUGAGCGGGCGCCGUUGCUUCCUCAGUCUCAAGCUCAGGGUGGGUUUGGGACGAGGUAUACGUAGUGAUGUUUAUGACGGUUAUGUUUAGAUAUGAUAUACCAUUGUGUGAUGCUCAUGUAAGACGUGGCGUUGGGUUGGUUGUGUCUACUACUAUGUAUAUAUCUUCCCUGUUCAACUAUAUAUACAACUUUCAUCAAUGUACGACUUGUAAUAAUUGAC